ACAAAAUUAGUUUUCCUAAACAUGGGCACACUCUUUAGGUACACUUCAAUAAAUAUCCUCAUGGUCAUGCUGGUAUCCAGAAGGUGGACGACGAGGUCCUUCAACAUGUCAAAUGUCAGUUUGUCUACAGCCUUCGUGUUGGACGGACGUCUGAUCUCGGAGAAUCCUUUGAAAGUUUCUGGAAGGUUCGGCGGAUCCUCGCUAUCGUAAUCUUUGUUUAAACAACCUUAUCCCUAAAAGGCCGGCAAUGCACUCGUAACGCCUUUGGUGUUGCGGGUGUCCAUGUGCGGCGCCGAUAGCUUACCAUCAGUGUUGAAGUCGACAUCUGUCAAAACCAGACGCAUAAAAGUCAGAAAGUGAAGUCGUCGACGAUUUCAAUUUUUCAUGCAGCGAUAUUGAUGAUAUUUUCAUAGACGUAAGAUAAAUAUUAUAAGCCAUAAAUAAGCUAACAUUAUUUAGGUAGAACUUUAGCUUUGACGCACCUCAACUGAUUACAUGAUGUCAAACAAAAGUGUUGAAUUUUCUAACCCUGACUGUUUACCUGUUGAGAACGUAACGUUAUCAGUGAGUAAUGCCGGCGUUGUGCAGCAAAUUAAGGCGUUGGACCCAUAUUGGGUGGAGAAACGUGAUAUGACUAUAUACGAGCGGCCACCGUCGGGCAGCACCAUCGUACUAGGAGCCGUCGACACCUGGAAGGCCAGGAUGGAGGGGUACCUCGAGGAUGUCAAGUGGCUGCUCAGCUUAGAAUAUUAUAGGUUUUGGAGCACAAUCCUACACCACCCUCAGUGCAUGGAUGCGCUGGUAUCGUUCCUGCAAGAGGCCACGCCCCCCUACAUCCCACCACACGAGAGUCGAGACGUGCAGAAACUCUAUGAGGAUAUACGAAGAGCUGUACUCAUAGUAUUCAGCCGGCUAGUCACUAAUAAGGAGAGUAAGACACAAUGGAUGACCAAAGAGUACAUGGCAGAUUUAUUAUAUAAUAAAUUUAUAUUCACUAUACCAAUUAUAUGGGAUCUCUGCCUCACGUACGGAGUGGACAAUGGGAGACAUGUUGGUAGGGUACUGGAUUGCGUGUUUGGGUUGCAGCCAAGGUACGAAGGGGAUGCCGUAGCAGCUGUAGCUUUCGUUAAAGAGGCUUUUAAAUACAUAAUACUGCAAGUAAACAAAGAUUACGAUAGCGAGGAUCCGCCGAACCUUCCAGAAACUUUCAAAGGAUUCUCCGAGAUCAGACGUCCGUCCAACACGAAGGCUGUUGACAAAUUGACAUUUGACAUGUUGAAGGACCUCGUCGUCCACCUUCUGGAUACCAGUAUGACCAUGAGGAUAUUUAUUGAAGUGUACCCAAAGAGUGUGCCCAUAUUUAGGAAAACUAAUUUUGUUAUUAGUAUAGUUCAACUUUACGAAUAUGGCAUCCCGCUUUUGUAUGAGAAGUUAGAAGAGACGGGAGAUCGGACCAGCGUGACCUACACGGAAAUAGAAGGGUACAUCGACACCGCACGAGCCGAGCUCAUAGACAUAUUUAGGGAAAUACUUGCAGCUUAUAAAAGUGCAAUUUUUAGUGGAGAGGGCAGCAUAGCGAACCACGUGGAAGACUAUCUGGCGGUGAUGAUGGACGGGCUCUCGGAAAAGUUGUUAAUCAAAGACUACCACUCCUGUUACCCAGUUCAUGAUGACCUUGAAAUGUUAAGACAGGCUUACCCUGACAUAGACACAGUAAAGACUGAUUUCAUUCUCCAAGCUAUCUACUCAAACCUCGACGAACCCGUCCCGGAGUUGCCAGCGCCCACAGAAAAACUUACCAACGGACACACAGAUACUACCCCUACACAAAAUACCCCUAAAGAUGCAGAGAUACCUGACAAUGUUAGAGAAGAAUCGUUAAUAAGUGAAGUUAAAGAUAUUCUCCCCCAUUUAGGGGACGGGUUUAUUCUCAAAUGCUUGCAACACUACGGGUUUAAUGCUGAGAGAGUCAUCAAUAGUAUUUUAGAAGAUAAUCUCGCUGAGCCUUUAAGAGCGUUAGACCAGUCUCUACCAAUAAUACCAGAGGAUCCAUUGGACACGAAGUUCUUGGAGACAGGCCAAGCUCGUCUGAAUGUGUUCGACGGAGACCAGUUCGACAUCAUGACCAGGGAUGACGUGGAUGUCUCAAAGAUCCACAUCGGGAAACGAAAGUCCAAAUAUAAGGAUCUUAAAGAUAUGCUGGAUGAUAAGACUGAGGUCAAGAAAAUGGUGGAUAUUUAUAGCAAGUAUAACCUGGUUUGCGACGAGGAGGCUCUGUACUCGGACGAGUACGACGACACAUAUGACUCGGACGGCGUGGCGCCCGUCCCGGACCUGUCCGACGACACGAGGCGACCUUUCGUCACGCCUCGAGCGUUACGCCAAUACGAUCGGGAACAAGAGGAGGAGUCGGAAGAAGAGCCAGAAGGUCAAGAAGAAGAUAAACCUAGUAGUAGUCGAAAUAAGAUGGACUUCUGUGUGAACCCGGAGGAGAUGCGUGCGCGCAGGGAGGCUAGCUAUCAGGCCAGGAGGGGUAGGGGACAUGCGAACCGACCCGCAGCGCAGCCCAGGAAUACGGACGUAACAGGCAAGCCACGAGGCCAAGGUCAGGAGAAGGAGGUUCUCCAUAACAGGGACAAGAAGGAGAAGAACAAGUCAGCCAGAGCCAACCACAACCGAAGGUCAGGCGCCCAGUGGAAGAGGAGCCAAGGCAUGAUGCCGUCUUAACACCCUGUAUAGCCCGGAACGCAAACUACAAGUCUUUACAUUGUAUAUUGAAAUUAGGAUUUACGUAAUUGUAACAACACCCUCUAUAGCGAAACUUAUUUAAAUAAUUUAUAUCUUAACACCCUGUGUAUCCAGAAAUGUCCUGAUUUUUGUCCCCAAUAUAUUAUUGCAAUGAGCUUGUCUCAAAUGACAUGUGAUCUUAAAAAAGCGCAAAUUAUAAACGCUGUAUGUAAAGAGAGUGCCGUAUAUACUUCUGCCUAUCUCUUCAAUAGAUGUAGCGUAAUUGUGAGACUUGUAUAAUAACAUAUUUAUUAAUUUAUUUGUACUUAUUUAUUUAUCAUGAAAAUUAGGUUUUUUUUGUUAAUUUCCGGAGUUUUGUAUAAAAUUAUUUUUGGUUUAUGAGAAACUCGAAUUUGUAUUGUUAUAAGUUUUGCGAGGAAUAUUAAAUAUAAUGAAUUAUUGUGUUAAAUGGGGUACUCAUGUAACUCAUUGUUUAGUGUGAGUUUGCUUAACGUUAAGCAAUCGAUUUAUCGGUAUUUAUUCUUGUAAAGAAUCUAUUUGACAAACAUUUUUUAAAAAUAUUUUUUCAACCGUAAUAUGGUAUUCAUAUUAUAGAAAUCUAUAAAAGGUACCUUACCCUGAAUAAACUAUUCGAGUUUCGUAUUAACAGAAAAUAAGGUUGUAAGCGGGUGGAUUUACACAUAGGUUGUUAUUUAUUU